CUCUUCUCUCUCACUUUGUCUCUCUAGGAAAAUAUUAUUUUUAAAAAAAAGUAGAAGACGAUGAGCGAAGUUGCAGCAGAGGACGCCGCUCGCCGGCGUAACGUGACGGCAGAGUACAGGAAGAAGCUUCUCCAGUACAAGGAGAUCGAAUCCAGAGUUCGUACAGUUAGGGAAAACCUGAGAGCCGCAAAGAAGGAAUUUGCAAAAACUGAAGAUGAUUUGAAAUCCCUCCAAAGUGUUGGGCAGAUAAUAGGAGAGGUACUUCGGCCGCUUGACAAUGAACGCUUAAUCGUAAAAGCUAGCAGUGGCCCAAGAUAUGUCGUUGGAUGCCGUAGUAAGGUUGAUAAAGAGAAGCUUACAGCCGGAACCCGUGUGGUUCUUGACAUGACAACCCUCACCAUCAUGCGAGCUCUUCCACGGGAGGUCGAUCCUGUUGUUUACAAUAUGCUUCAUGAAGACCCAGGCAAUGUUAGCUACUCUGCGGUUGGUGGAUUAGGUGAUCAGAUUCGUGAACUUAGAGAAUCCAUUGAACUACCGCUCAUGAAUCCUGAACUUUUCCUUCGAGUAGGAAUCAAACCUCCGAAGGGUGUGCUCCUUUAUGGUCCUCCUGGAACAGGGAAGACAUUAUUAGCGAGAGCAAUUGCUAGUAAUAUAGAUGCCAACUUUCUCAAGGUUGUAUCCAGUGCUAUUAUUGACAAAUAUAUUGGUGAAAGUGCACGGUUGAUAAGGGAGAUGUUUGGCUAUGCCCGUGAUCACCAACCAUGCAUCAUAUUCAUGGACGAAAUCGAUGCCAUUGGUGGAAGACGUUUUAGUGAGGGAACCAGUGCUGACCGAGAAAUUCAGAGAACACUAAUGGAACUGCUCAAUCAAUUGGACGGGUUCGAUCAGUUAGGAAAGGUGAAAAUGAUUAUGGCCACAAAUCGACCUGAUGUUUUGGAUCCAGCCCUUCUUCGCCCUGGCCGAUUAGACAGGAAGAUUGAGAUUCCAUUACCAAAUGAACAGUCCAGGAUGGAGAUUCUCAAAAUUCACGCUGCUGGUAUAGCUAAACAUGGCGAGAUAGACUACGAAGCAGUAGUAAAGCUUGCUGAGGGGUUUAAUGGAGCUGAUCUUCGGAAUGUCUGCACAGAAGCUGGAAUGUCUGCAAUCCGUGCAGAGAGGGACUAUGUCAUACAUGAGGAUUUCAUGAAGGCUGUUCGAAAACUGAACGAAGCAAAGAAGCUCGAAUCCACUGCUCACUACAACGCCGAUUUUGGAAAGGAUUAGCAGGAACGCGAGCGAUCAUCAAAUAUUGAUGCUUCUCUUAGUGGUUGGCACUUGUAAGAUGCUGAUAUUGGAUUCAAGAGUUGUUAUAACUCCACCAUAUAAGUAUGCCAUCUUUUUUUUCACUUGUAAAACACUUUACAUCUAUUUCAGUAAUGAUAUUCGUUUCUGUUUGAAGACUGUUA